AUGAAAUUUUCUUCAUCUUCAUCAUUAUCUUUAACUGUCAAUAAAUUAACAACGAAAACAACACCUACUUCUGUUACUACUACUGAUAGUUGUAGUCAUGUUUACAGUAUUAAUAGUAAAUUCUCAAAUUCAUCAAAUCCCAUGUUAACUAAGUUGAAUCCAGUUGGUCCUGAUUACUGUAACAAAAAUUCCAACUACAAACCAUGUACUACUACUUUUCGUCCAUUACGUCAUCUGAUUAAUAACUGGCCACCACCUCAACCAAUCAACCCAAUGUAA